UCAACCCACGAGAUUUUUACAAGAUCUUUUUCUCUUCUCUUAUAAACCCCCCUUCACUCCUCUGCUUUAACUACAAAAACACACCAUCUUCUUCCCCUGCCUGCCUUCUAAAUCUCUCCAUUUUCCUCUCAAAUUUCGCCCUCCAUUUGGAUUCAGUUCAACAAUCUUGACCGCUUGCUCUCUCCUCCUUCCAUGUCAGUCAAGGAUUUUAGUGUUUUAGUAUCUGAUUCUUGGUCGGAUUACAUUCUGUAAUCACACUUCAGAUUCUGUAAUUCGGUCUUGUUUCUUCUAUUGAAAAACUUUUUUUCACCGUUUUAUCGGUUGAUUUUUGGCUAUUUGGGUUGCUAAGUGUGUUAAGAGAGCGAGCGGGUAGUCAAGAUUUGAUUAGUAUUAAUCUGUCCAAUGGCUGCAUCAAAGAACAGCGGUAAAUCCGAAAAGGGUGUUAAUGAAAUUAUUGAGAGGAUGACAACGAGCCAAGAUGGGGAUGUCGUUAAAGGAAAGGAUGUUGCUUUUAGUAGUGGUCUCGAGAGGCGUCAGCAAUGGAGGCCCGUUUUAGAAGAAGCUUCCAUCUCACAAAGACCUCUCAAGAAGAUCCGUAGCCCUGAACGUUUUCAAUCUUCAUCUUCUUUUACCAAUCGAUCACAGUCACCUUCUUUUUACGUUUCUCCAAGUUCAGCUUCUUCAGCGUCUUCUUUGUCUUCGCCAUCUUCAAGAGUUUUACCGUUUGCUUUUGAUUCAUCUCAACAGUUCAGAACAGCACCAGCUCCUCUGUCUCUUUUUCGGCCUCAGAUACAGCCAGCGCAAAACCAGCAACAAAUUAUCUCUUUUAGUCCAAAUCAACCACAGCACGGCUUUAAUUAUCCUCAGUUUAUCACUGGAGAAUCGGCGCUGGCUUAUCAACAACAGCAGCAACAGCUUCUUCAGUAUUGCGAAGCAUUGAAUUUAAGUCCGAGGGGAAGAAUGAUGAUGGUGAAUAGGUUAGGACCAGAUGGGAGGCCAUUGUUUAGGCCUCAAGUUCAGCCUUUAAAUGCAACAAAGCUUUAUAGAGGAGUGAGACAGAGACAUUGGGGUAAAUGGGUAGCCGAGAUUCGUCUACCUCAAAGUAGGACUCGCCUUUGGCUUGGAACAUUUGACACGGCUGAGGAAGCCGCCUUAGCCUAUGAUCGUGAGGCCUAUAAAUUGAGAGGCCAGAAUGCCAGGCUUAAUUUCCCUGAAUUGUUUCUGAAUAAGGACAAAGCAACUACUCAUGAAAGUUCAAGCUCAACUUCAAUGCCAAGUCGAUUCCAAAACAAGCCUCAACAUGCUCAAGAAGGCCUAAAUUCUCAGGUCAUGAGUAGAGAACCGAUGCCGCCACCGCCACUGCAACGGCAACCUCAGGGAGAAAAUCCUGACAGUGAUUCAGGAAUAGGGUCAAGCGAUGCUACUGCGAGUGAUGAGGUGCAGGCGGUUUCUGAGGGUUCUGGCUCUGGAGAAGGCGUCUCCAGCUCACAAGAAUUAGUAUGGGGAGAAAUGGCAGAGGCUUGGCUCAAUGCAAUUCCAGCUGGUUGGGGUCCAGGUAGUCCUGUUUGGGAUCAUUUAGACGCCAGUAACAAUCUUCUAAUGCCUUCAAACCUUCCUUUUGCCAAUCAAAAUCAACAUGAAUUUAAUGAAACUGAUCGUCAGAAGCAACAGGACAAUUUGGGUUCUUCUUCUUCUUGUUCUUCAUCUUCUUGUCCCAUGAAGCGCUUCUUCCGGAAUGAUCAAGACUGAUAGGUCGCCCACAAGAAUUAUCCUUGCAACUGAUUUAAAAAAGCAGUUUCUCUCUUAUCUCUUUCUCUCUGUUUUUAUCAGGUUUUUGAAGCACUCCUUGAUUUUUCUCACUGGCUGCAUAUUUUUCGGCAAACCAUCCUGUGACUUUCAAUCUCAUCUCCACAUUUCCCCUUUCUAAAUCUAUGCUUAGAUUUUAAUCCUCAAGCCACCCCUCAUCUUCCACUGGUUGCUAAUUUUUCACAAAACAACCUGUUAUUUCCAUUUUUCUUAUUCACUCAUUUUGCUUUCAAAUGCUGCAAAAAGACUUCAUAUUUUCAGGCCUUUAGUAGUCGUGGUCAUGUUUUUAGUUUUGUCUCUGUUGGGAGUGGACUUGCAGUGCAGGACCAGCAUUGAAGGAGACAGUUUUGUGAUCUCCUCUUUGCCCCAUCCACCGCGAGCUCUCUAUUUUUCUGCUCGGUGGAUCAAAUCAAUAUAUGUAAUGUCAUACAUUGUGCACUUUACUACAUGCUUACAGCAUUUCAAUUCAAUGUUGGUAGUCGUAUUGUAAUCCAUAAUUUUCCGCCAUUAUUUGGGUUUUCUUCAA